AUCAGAGCUUCAUAGAGGUUACGUUUUGUUUUCGUUCUGAAUGCUUCGACGUAGAUUUUUUAUUUGAAUCUGGAAAUUUAAUGGCAUCUUCACGCAGCAUUAGAAUGGGAUCGUCAAACCAUCAAGAGUUUGGUAUGUUUGAAAAAUAAGUACAGAAAGUAUACUUUGUCUGACAAAUAUUUAAUGAUAACAGGCUCAAAAUUAAGCUACGAUCCAUCCUGGACUAGUCCUUUGGGGGUGAAGCGAUUAGCGACCGAUCAUUCGAGUGUACUCAUAUUUUUCUUUCGGUUUACCAUCUGGAUGAGUUUUAUUUUAUUACGUAAUCAAACUACAUCGAUAUGAUAACUAAAUAUAAUACAAUUAGUAUACGAUUGCGGUAGUUCAAUUUUUUGUACAGGUUGUUUCAACGUUGAUGCAAAGGAAGUUGUUAAUUGGCAAAAUCCUGAUUCUAACGUUAUUUUGUCUCAUGCUGCAAAAUCGUUACAUGAACAAAUGUACAAUAAUUUAUGCAAAUCGACGUAUUCAUGAAUGAAAGAGUUAAAUAUUUUAAUAAAAAUUUCAGAUGGAUCAUAGUAGGAAUUCUGGUAUUUUCCGCUUUGUUAUCUUCAUUGUUUCUCACCUUGUUGAGAAUCGCAACUCGGCCUACAGUUUACGUGUCAAUUUUCACAUUAUUGGCAAUCGUUUUUCUCGCCUCAUGCUUUUGGGGGUAUUUAUUAGCCACCAAAACAACAUGGCCGCAUGGGAUCGUCUUCACCACAAUGUUGUGCAUGAUUCUGGAAAUCUCAAUCUGUCUGGGGACAAUGGAAACUAAACUCAUCACAGUAGCUUGCGAAAUCAUACGAGAAGCAACAAAAACUUUGCUGUUUUUUCCAUCUCUCGUCUUUUUCCCACUGCUGUUCUGCGCGCUUGUUUUUAUGGCGACGGGAUUCUUUGUAUUCGUUGUCCUAUGUAUGGAAUCGGUUGAUCAAAUCUUACCUUCUUGGCUCUGCCCGUUAUUCUACAUUUGGAACAUCUACGGCUUUUUCUUUAUUAAUGCGUUCCUCUUCGCUCUCUUCCGCGUAAUACUUUCUGGAACUUAUGGCACCUGGUACUGGACAAAGAACAAGCACGAAGUACCCAAUUUUACGCCCAUACGAUUCACAAGGAUUACUUUCAAGUAAACUGACAACUAGUAAAGACAUAAAAUUACGCGUAGGUUCCCAUAAAAAAAUUCCUAAUAGUUACUUCAGUACCAUAAACCUUGAAAUUAUUUUAAAAAAUUAUGUUGUGUUCAAUGAGAGGAUAAUAAAUUAUUUGCUCUAGCCAAUCAAGUAAAAAAUAACUAUAUAUUUAUUGACUAAGUUCUCAUCAGUAAUUCGACAUUGCUAGUCAGCGUAAAAAGCGAGUGACGCGCGACUGUGUCAAGAGCUUGAUGGGCUUUUGAGGUCCAGCUUUGACUUUCCGAUCUGGCAGU